AUCACUCCCAGUUCUUAAUGUUGGUUAGUGUGCCCAGUUAUUCAUCAAAGCAAGUAUAGUUAUCUGCCAUUAGUAUUGCGCAGUUAUAACAAUCUGGAAGAAUUUUCAUUAAUAUAUUGCCAUAUAUAUUAAUUAACGAAAAGAUACGUCUCAAGUAUUCCAUCCCAUUCAACUUUUUUUCUCCUGUUCGGUUCUCACCAAGAAAAGCAUGUCAUAAUUAUGGUAUCCAUCGCUAAUUGAUUUGUGAUGUUACAUAAGUCAUUAUCGUCCUAAAAGUGAUUUCUAUACAAGAUAAAGAGUAUAACGAAGAAUCAUCGCAAGAAGGAUUAAAGAAAUAAUCUCUGACAAUUUUAACAUAUUUUUCAUGAAUUAUUGUAAAACAUUUAAAGGAGCAAUCAGUUAGUGAAACUAUUCGACUAGAAUAUAUAGAGAUGAGGAGGAAUGCAAGUGAAUCUUAUGUGGUAACAGUCUUUAGUUCCAAAUUUAGAUUUUUCUUCGAGUUCUCUAAAAUAAGAAAUUGUAAAAAUUGAAAAGCUGUAUGAGAUAUGUUUCUUACCGUCUUCAUAAAAUAAAAAGUUGCAGGCAUCGCAGAGAUAAUAAUGCGUCACAACCGCGAAUACCAGAUGCAGAACGGGAGGGACGUACAUCACGCCUAUUCUACAGACGGCGAGGAAAGUCAUCAAACCAUUUCCGUACGUACGUCCUCGGAGUACGGCACAGCACACAAGCCAAAUGCUAUGACUGGACGAACAGACAAAAGAGGAUCUGAAAGAGACUUAAGGGACUCACCUCCGGCAAUUCGUAAUCAUGCACAAAGUUCUGAAAUUUACAUUACCAGUGGAGAUUAUCGAAGUACACCAGAUUUUAGUAACACACUGCCUCAUCAUAGUCCACUGGCAAACUCAAAAUAUGGCCACGGAGCGUUGAGUAAUUACAGUUAUGGCUCAGCGAGAUCCGGACUGUCUAAUGGCUCCACUGUGAAAACGAAAAUUGCGAGACAUGGGGGACUCGUCGUUGAAACCAUGUCAACACCAAAUCCCUUUUGCCCGAAUACAAAAGGGAUGUGCUGCCUCCUGCUGCUCAUCAAUUUGGGAAUUAUUCUUAUUACACUUGGUUUCGUUAUAGUCAUACAAAUCUUUCAUCCACUUAUAGUCUGGAUUCUUGGGAUAAUUUUCUUGAUAUUCGGUUUUGCAACCUUGAUUGGAAGUUUGAUAUAUUGCGUACACGUAUUCAGAAAUGCCAAACACCCUCACGAAGUAAAUCCAGAGGAUUUCUACUGGACAAGAUACUGGCAGGGACAAGUUGCAUCAAUUCCCGAGUUUCACUACAAAGCUGAAGAAAAAUAUCCGGAUGAUACUGGAAGCGAUCGCGGCAGCAAGUACUCAUCAAACUACUACGAUCGACGCAACCAACAUUAUUGAAGUUAUUUAUUUAUUUCAUUUAACAAUUUUUCCAACUAAUAGACUGGUCGACUGUGCCUUAAAAAUAUAGAUAAUAUGCAAUGUUUGUUUUAAAAAUGCGUGAAAAUGGAACUUAUAUUAUAUUCCACAGAUUGUAAACCAUAGAGAUAAGAAAUUUAAAAAAAAAUGUUACACAUUAUGUUAGCUUCUAGUGGAAAGUCUGCUAAAAGAGAUACUUCUUAAAAACACUUUUUGACAUGAGUUAUGAAUUCCUGAAUUUGUAAAAAAAAGUAGCGACCCUAUAUUAAUGAUCCAUAAAAUUCUCAAUCUAAACGCUAUUUUAAUUAAUUUCUCUGAAACUUUUAUUUUUUCGAAAAUAUUCUCAACUUCUUUAAUUCACUUUUAAUAUUUCUCAGCAGAUCAGCCAAAGGAAAAUAUCUCCCCUGCACAGUCUCCUCACUCGAAUGAAAUAAACUCUUUGAUUUAA